UGGAACAAAUAAAGUCUUCCUUAAGUCCCAUGUUUAUUAUACCCCAGCAGAGCUCCCUCCAGACUGAGGCCAUCCACUGGCGUGUUACUAAUAUACGUUUAUGCAGCAGCGUCUGCACACCUGGAGAGAAUUUGCAAAGAGAAAGGUCAUGUUCCCUUCCCCCCAGAAACUCAUGGGAUGGGGACAAGCAAAGGGAGAGGGUUACUGGAAAGUUCAGGGGCAGAUAAGGGAGGCCUUCCUCAAGAGGUCACCUGUGGGUGGAAAUCCUCGAGUGAAUGAGAGGGAAAGGCAGAGCUAGGGGAAGGAAGGGCAGGAGGUGCCGCGGGGUACAUGCGGGAGAUGAUGGGGCAAAGCAGGCAGGGACCAAGUCACCGCACAUCUGGUGACGCGGGGAAACAGCUCUCGCCCUUCAGGGAACAUCCAGGCUCUUCCUGGGGAAGAGGCGGCGGGGGGUGGGGGCGGCGCAUUUGCCCCUUCGUUCGGCGUUUCCAAUGCAUUUAAUGGGUUGGUCCGCUCUUCUGUCUGCAGCUAAGCGCCAUGUGGUGGGAUCUGCUGGUGCUGCUGCUGCUGCCGUGGACGGCACCGCGCCCGAGCCGGGCGGGGCCACUCCAGAAGGCCCCAGUUUUCCAGCUCACUCACCAGGGCCCCUGGGGGAGCGGGGCCGGCAACGCCACGGUCUCGCCCUGCGAAGGGCUCCCCGCCGCGGGAGUCACGACCCUGACCCUCACGAACCGCAGCCUGGAGCGCCUGCCGGGCUGCCUGCCGCGCGCGCUGCACAGUCUCGACGGCAGCCACAACCUGCUGCGCGCCCUGAGCGCGCCCGAGCUCGGUCACCUGCCGCGGCUGCAGGUGCUGACGCUGCGCCACAACCGCAUCGCCGCGCUGCGCUGGGGCCCCGGCGCGCCCGCGGGACUGCACACGCUCGACCUCAGCUACAACCUGCUGGAAGCCCUGCCGCCGUGCUCCGGGCCCGUGCUGCCCGGCCUCCGAACGCUGGCGCUGGCCGGGAACCCGCUGCGGGCGCUGCAGACCGGAGCCUUCGCCUGCUUCCCCGCGCUGCGCCUGCUCAACCUGUCCUGCACCGCGCUGGGCCGCGGCGACCACGCUGGCAUCGCCGACGCUGCCUUCGCGGGGGCUGGUGGCGCGCCCCUGGCUGCGCUCGAGGUCCUGGAUCUCAGCGGCACGUUCCUCCGGCGCGUUCAGUCAGGAUGGAUCAGAGACCUGCCGAAGCUCACGUCCCUCUACCUAAGGAAGAUGCCCAGGCUGAACAGCCUGGAGGGGGACAUUUUCAAGGUGACCCCUGACCUGCAGCAGCUGGAUUGUCAAGAUUCACCAGCACUUACCUCUGUCCAUACACACAUCUUUCAAGACACGCCUCUCCUACAGGUCCUUCAUUUCCCGAACUGCAACUUGAGUUCCUUCCCUCCUUGGAACCUGCAUUCCUCCCAGGUCCUGUCCAUCAACCUCUUUGGUAAUCCCCUCACUUGCAGCUGUGAGUUGUCCUGGCUCCUCAUGGAUGCAAAGAGGAUUGUCCUAAGCAGGGCAGCAGACACUGUGUGCACACCAGCUGCAGGAUCCAGUGGCACCUUCUCAGCCCCUCUUUUGCUGUCCCAGCUGCCAAGUGUGUGCCAUUCGGACCAAAACACCACCUUCCUUGAUUCCAACCCACCCUCCUCAGUCUUCUCCACCCACACACCAUCUACACAGGGUCCCUCCACCCUGCGGAGAACAGUCCCCUCUACCCAAUGUGCAGGAGGCCGACAGAGUGUCACCAAGGUGCCCUCCCUCCCUGUGGAUUCCCCCACACAAGCGGCGGGGCCACGGCACAGCCUUGCCGAGGACGGGGCCGUUCCCUCCACUACUGUCUCUCCAGCAAGUUCCAGCAACUCUGGCAACCCACCUAGGGCUGCGAGCACAGCCGGGACAGAGCACCAAGAAGAACAUGCUGCUCAGCUUGUCCUGGAACCUACUAUCUCAGCUGCCUCCACCCCAUGGGCCAGCAAACACCCUGGUCUCUCCCCUAUCUCCCGGAACCCAGGGAGCACGCCUCAGCCCGCCCGGGGGACACGGGCCACCCCGCGGGCUCCCCACCCGCCUCCUUCCGAGGGCGGGAUUCCGGUCCUGCUGCUGGACGACUCCAGUGAGGAGGAGGAAGAGAGCGGGAAGGAGGAGGUGGGGGCGCCGGCCCGGGAUGAGCCCUGCGAUUACCACCCCUGCAGGCACCUCCAGACGCCGUGCGCAGAGCUGCAGCGGCGCUGGCGGUGCCGGUGCCCCGGCCUCAGCGGGGAAGACACCCUCCCGGACCCCCCCAAGCUGCAGGCGGUGGCCGAGACCACUGACACGUCGGCGCUAGUGCGCUGGUGCGCUCCCAACUCGGUGGUGCGCGCCUACCAGAUUCGCUACGCGCCCGAGGGCCGGCCAGGGAACCAGUCGGUGGUGGGGGACGUCUGCGCCACCGCGCGCCAGCACGCCCUGCACGGGCUGUCGCCGGCCACCGCCUAUCGCGUGUGCGUCCUGGCGGCCAACGGCGCGGGCCUGAGCCGGCGCGGGGCGUGCGCCGCCUUCAGCACCGGGCGCAGCCCAGCGCUCCUCGUGGCCGGGCUGGGUGCCGCGGGCGGCCUGCUGCUAGUCAGCACCGCGCUGCUGGCCGCCGGCCUCUGCCGCCGGGGCCGGACGCCACGCUCCCCGAACCGCCGUACGCAGCUGCUGGCCUACCGCAACCCCGCCUUCGCCGCCGAACCCGCGCCGCCGACCCCGGCCUCGCUCCCGCGGGCGCGCGAUCGCUGAGCACCCGCCGCGUGCGCGAGGAGAAGGCGGUACCCGGUCCCGAACGGCCGGUCGGCCCCGAGCGUCUCUCCCUCGGGCGAGGCCCGCGCUCCUCAGGCACACGUGGCACUCCCCGCGCUGAGUUCCUCAUUCCCGGGAACCUCUCUGCCUUCCCUUCCUGCUGCUUCUCUCUGUUCCGAGAAACGUGAUGGUUCAUGCUGCCGGGCAUCCCUGUGUGUGGUUUUAUUGGGGUUUUUCAGCAGUCAGUGCCCCUCAACGUCCGGUAGAAUAAUUAGAAUUGUGUGUGGAAGUAGGAAGAGAGAAAACAAAUGGCGCAAUGCGGCCGCUUUUCUCAUAUUGGAAGCGACAUCCUCAGGUCAUUUCAGAGAAGUUCCCUCAUGGUCAAGCUCUGGUAAGGGUCCUGUUAUUAAAGGGAACGACUCCAGUGGAUUCUCAACCUGAGAACCGGUUAUGUUCCCUGAGGCUUUGCGGGUUCAUUAGUUCAUUUCAGGGUACAGUAGCAGGUGUGCUUCUAGCUUUAAACUGCAGUCUUUAGGGAACAUCUGUGAAACACGGGGAAGGCUGUCCUUUCAAACUCGGUUUUUGCUGCAUUUCACCUAUGUGAACUCCUUUUUUAAGGAAGCAUAAUAAUUAAUAAUCUCACUUUCAGGAAACUUUUUUUUUUUUCCG